AUGAGUGACCGAGCGCAUUCAAAAGAUCGAGAAUCCAAACGCUCUCGACAUCGGUCUGCUUCAAAUCGAUCACCAUCACCAAAAAGAUAUUCUCGUUCACCUUCACCUCAUCGAUCAAAACGCGGUUCACCGGAUGGCCAUCGUCCACAAAAUGAAGUUCAUCGAGAAAAUCCAAUUCCGAGUGCAGUUCUCGGAGUAUUUGGACUAUCACAAUAUACAACUGAACGUGAACUUCGAGAAUUAUUUCAUAAAUUCGGCCGUAUAAAAGAUGUUCAAGUUGUGAUCGAUAAGAAAACAAAUAAAUCAAGAGGUUUUGGUUUUGUGUAUUUUGAAGAAGUCGAUAGUGCUAUCCGAGCAAAAGAAGCACUUAAUUCAGUUGAACUUGAUCAUCAUCGUUUACGCAUUGAUUAUUCAGUAACAAAACGUGCACAUACACCAACUCCGGGAAUAUAUAUGGGUGUUCGUACAACAUCAUAUCAUCGUUCGAAUGGUCAUAGUUAUCGUCGUUCUCCAUCAUCAGAUAGAAAAUAUCAUCGUCGGCAUCAUCAUCAUCAUCAUCAUCAUCGUCGUCGUCAUGAUUAUUCGUCGAGAUCGCGUUCGCGUAGUCGCAGUCGAUCAAGAUCUCGACGUGGUGACCGUCGGCGUCGAAGUCCUGGCUAUGCAUAUGAUUAA